AUGACUGUUGGAGCCAUGGAGCACUACGUCAUCCGGAAUGUAUACACCACAUGGUUCAAGUUCAAGCACAAGAACACCGCGGUCAAAGAGAGGCCAAUACACUUCAAUGAGUACCGGUUCUGCUGCUGUGGAUUCCAGUGUGCUUCUAUUGUGGAAGGACGAGGCCAAGCACGGGGGGAGAUAGGCAUGGCCAGUCUAGAUUUGAAAACCCCAAUGUUAGUCUUAUCUCAGUUUUCUGAUAGCCAGACCUAUGUUAAAGUCUCCACCAGGCUGAAUAUAUUGCAACCUUUAGAGGUGAUUAUGCCAACAAAUUCAUGUGAGAAUGGAAACGCCACCAAGCUGUUCAAGUUGAUCAGUGACAGCUUCUCAGAUAGGGUCAUCUCAACCGUACAGCGCAAGUAUUUCAAUGAGUCUAAAGGUCUGCAGUACAUUCGGCACCUGUGUCUGCCAGAGCACAGCUCAGUUCAACUAGAGGUCUCUCAGAAGUAUUACUGCUUGGCAGCAGCUGCAGCAUUGCUAAAGUACGUGGAGUUCAUACAGAAUACUGUUUAUGCACCUGAAUCACUGAAAGUGGCUUUCUGUGGGAGCGAACACACAACCAUGAUUGAUGCAACUACUGCAACAAAUCUCGAACUUAUCUGUAACCUUCUAAAUCCCAAGUCUGAUCACAGUCUUUAUGGAAUACUGAAAGUCCCACAGACCCCAGGAGGAGCCAGGUUGCUAAGAGCCAACCUUCUUCAGCCUCCAUGUGAUCGAAGCACGAUCGAGAUGAGGUUAGACUGUGUGCAGGAGCUCACAGAAAAGGAGGAGAUGUUCUACAAUUUACAGGCUCUACUUGAGAGGUUCACAGACAUUGACCACCUGGUGUCACUGUGUGUGCAGAUUCCAAAGCAGGAGACGGUUAAGACGGCAGACAGUAAGAUCGCGAGCAUUAUCAGCAUGAAGCACACGCUGGAGCUGGUUGAUGCGCUACAGACGGCGCUAGGCUGCGCAGAGGCGCCUCUGCUCAAGGCCUACUACAACUCCCUGAGCGAUCCUCGGUUUGAGCAGAUCCUGCAGAAGAUACGGGCCGUGAUUCACGAUGACACCCGCCUGCAGAAGGGCGCGCUCAAUAUGAGGACGCAGAAGUGUUUCGCAGUGCGUCCUAACAUCAACGGUUUGCUUGAUGUGGCUCGAAGAACUUACACAGAGAUCGUUGACGACAUCGCAGAGAGUGUGAAGGAGCUUGCACAGCAGUUCGACUUGCCAUUGAGGACGGCCUACAACACUUCCAGAGGUUUCUUUAUCCAGAUGGGAUCUGAUAGGAGGCCAGACGAGAGGCAGCAGCAGCAGCAGCUUCCGGCAUGCUUCAUCAAAGUCGCUCGUUCGAAGGCCGUGAUGAGCUGUACCACUAGCGACCUGAUAAAGAUGAACGAUCGUGUGACAGAAUCAAUUCAAGAGAUUUAUCUUAUGAGCAAUAUAGUCGUGACGGAGUUGCUAAACGAGAUCCGAGCAAACAUAUCGUGCGUCUACAAGGUGGCCGAGUGCGUCUCUAUGCUGGACAUGCUGCUUGCAUUCGCUCACACCUGCACUGUAUCUAAUUACGGUAUGCCUGCCCCUGUCUCUAUAAUGCAAGACGUGAACUACAUCAUGCAGAACGCCUCACACCGAUCUCUCAUCAUCAUCGAUGAACUGGGCAGAGGGACGAGUGCAGAAGAAGGCGUUGGACUGUGCUUUGCUAUUUGCGAAUAUUUGGUCAACAUCAAGGCAUUCACGAUUUUCGCCACGCAUUUCUUUGAGCUUAAGAGACUACAGACGCUCUACCCCAAUGUCGAAAACUACCACUUUGAAGUUCAUCACGUACGCGAGGAAGGAGGCAGCGGCGAAACCAUCAACUUUACACAUCUGCUGUCUAAGGGUGUCACUAAGGAAACCAACUACGGUAGGCUUCCCUUGGACGAAAAUAGGGAAAAUGAAGGCGAAGGAAAUGGAAAAACUACAUUGAUAUCAUCAGAAGUUAGGAAGGCAGCGAGUGAUGAUACGCAGCACCAGCACGCCGCUGUGCGUCUAGCCACCAGACUGGUCCAGACAGCCCACAACUCACAGUUAGACCUCGACAGCCUCCGUCUCUAUCUACACGGACUGCGCAACCAGUACCUUCAGCAAAGCAGCGACCAGGAGCAGCAGACAAACUCGCAUGGUGACGAUGUCACGAUGGCAGCCAGCAGCCAGAUUGAUGCCGGCGAGGGCGGUGGGGUGUCGCUGGUAGCAGAGUGUGACCAGGGGCAACGAACGAGAGGUAAUAACACAAGUGGCAGCUUAAAAAUCGCCUGAAGUAGCAGCAGUGAAAGGCGUGAAAGGCAGCAGCGUCCAGCAGCAGCAGCUAGUAUCAGUGAAUGCAGGGAAGUCAGCAGCACCAGCAAGUAUCAGUGAAUGCAGGGAAGAUAACAGCAGCGGCAGUGGUAGCUCUAUUACUAUAGCCCGCGUACAGUUGCCGCAGGCCUGUACGCGGGCUAUAGUACUAGAGCUACGGCAGUGGAAGCCGGGAAGACAAAAGCACCAACAAGUGUCAGCGGAAGCACGAAAGACAGGAGUAGGAGCUUCUGACUGUAAUUUCCUUAUAUUUAUAACAACAUAACAUUAAGUUAAACGUAUGUAGUCAAUGAAAAAUAAAAUAGGCAGCUGGACAUAAAGGGACAGGUACGUAGUCCAUUUAUAAAAUGAAUGCGUGUUGCAUACAAUGUAAUUCACGUGAAAGGGGAUCGAAGUUGAAAAAAAUUGAGUGCAGUAGACUACUAAUCUGACGUCAUUACGAUCCUUUGGGGAAUGUGAUCCUGCGGUAGAAAACUGCACGACCGUGACAAACAGAUCAAUCAUGUAACAGUAAAACUCGCAGUCUAGGAAAACAUGUUCGGUGUCAAAAAUUCGUUAUCAACACUUCACGAAUUCGAAUUUUACACA